GUUCCUAAUAGCUCGCUGUGAAGAUUGCGUCUCCGAUGAUAUGGCACCAGCAGAUGUCACUGGCCGUGUACGACCAACAAAGCCAAAGAAACAGGCACGCGCUCUCAAGAGAAAACGCGACGAUGUCUCAGCUGAGCACCUAGAGCAAGCGGUCGCAGAUUUGGACGUCAAAAAUGGCACAUUCAAAGACUUUGCAGACCUCCCACUGUCCGAGCCCACCAAGUCUGGACUCAAGGCAGCCCAUUUUUCUGCUAUGACAGACAUACAGGCCAAGGCCAUACCCCUCGCACUCAAAGGCGCAGAUAUCCUCGGAGCCGCAAAGACUGGUAGUGGGAAGACACUUUCGUUUCUGGUUCCCGUCCUCGAGAACCUCUACCGUGCGCAAUUGGUUGGCCAAGAUGCAGGCUUGGGCGCAAUGAUUAUAUCACCAACUCGAGAGCUCGCUAUCCAGAUUUUCGAAGUCUUGCGGAAGAUUGGCGGUAAAGGGCAUCUGUUCGCGGCUGGUCUGGUCAUUGGUGGAAAGAGCUUGAAAGACGAGGCGAACGCGCUCGAAAGAAUGAACAUCCUAGUGUGUACGCCUGGCAGAAUAUUGCAGCAUCUCUCGCAGACUGCGACUUUCAGCGUAGACAACCUCAAGAUGCUUGUUCUUGAUGAGGCUGAUCGUAUAUUGGACAUUGGGUUUCAAAGUGCACUCGACGCGAUCAUAGAAUAUCUGCCCCCAGACCGGCAAACACUCCUUUUCAGUGCUACACAAACCAAAAAAGUCUCCGAAUUGGCGCGACUGAGUUUGAAAGAGCCAGAGUAUAUCGCCGUUCACGAAGCAGCUUCCUCGGCUACACCCAAAACGCUUCAGCAAAAUUAUGUUCUGACGCCAUUGCCCGAGAAACUGGAUACAUUGUGGAGCUUUAUUCAGAGUAGUAAGAAGAGUAAAAUACUUGUUUUCCUGUCGUCUGGGAAGCAGGUGAGAUUUGUAUACGAGACUUUCAGAAAGAUGCAGCCGGGUAUAUCUCUUCUACAUCUUCACGGACGGCAGAAACAAACUGCAAGGCUUGAUAUAACGUCAAAGUUCUCUUCGUCGCAGCAAUCUUGUCUUUUUGCCACAGACGUGGUAGCUCGUGGAUUAGAUUUUCCUGCUGUUGACUGGGUGGUGCAGCUAGAUUGCCCCGAAGAUGCAGACACGUAUAUUCACCGCGUUGGGCGCACGGCACGAUACGAGCGUGAGGGUCGAGCAGUCUUGUUUCUCGAUCCAAGUGAGGAGGAAGGUAUGCUCAAGAGACUUGCACAUAAGAAGGUCCCCAUCGAAAGAAUCAAUGUGCGCGUCAAGAAACAGCAGAGCAUCAAAGAACAAAUGCAAAAUCUUUGUUUCAAGGAUCCGCAACUGAAAUACCUAGGACAGAAGGCUUUCAUUUCAUACGUCAAAUCUGUCCAUCUACAGAAAGACAAAGACAUAUUCGAUGUGAAUGCACUGAAGCUGGAAGAAUUUGCUGCCAGUAUGGGUUUGCCUGGUGCACCGAGGAUCAAGUUCAGGAAGGGAGACAAUUCCAAAGAGCUGAAGAAUGCUCCAAGACAAUCCCUUGUCAUCUCAGACGAAGACGACAGCGAUAGCGAGGCCGCAGUAGACGGAGAGGCACCGAGCAAAGCGAAGAGCAAGAAAGACGAUGCAGUCCGGACUCGAUAUGAUCGAAUGUUUGGACGAACCAACCAGGACGUUCUAGCACCUCACUACGCGAAGUUGAUUCACGAAGAAGACGACAUGGCCUCAGGUUCAAAGGGACAAACGAAUGUUCAUGGACUCGAACAACCAGAUAGUGACGAUGAUUUCCUCAAUGUCAAGCGACGCCACGGUGUUGAUGACGAUCUGAGCCUAUACCACAAUAUCGAGAACGCGGAUGCCAUUGAUGGAAACUAUAACAAGAAAAUCAUCAAUAUACCCGGAACGCUUGAGCCUCUGGUAAUAGAUAGUAAACGACGAGAAAAGCUGCUGCAAUCUAAAAAGAAAGUCACGAAGCUGAAAGAGAAGGGCACUAAGCUCAUAUUCGAUGACGAUGGCAAUGCUCAUCCGAUAUACGAGCUCGAGGAUGAGGUUGCUUUCAAGUCUAAGGGUGCUCCCGAGGAUCAACGCAGGCAAUUCGUGGAACAGGAAGCCGAGAAGGUCAAACAAGCCGACAUCAGUGACAAGGCUCUGGCGAAGGAGAAGAAAAGGGUCAAGAAAGAGAAGCGCAAAGCUCGUGAGAGGGCUGAGGAUGAGGAUGGCGAGGAUGUGCAGCUCGAAAACGGUGGAGACGCAUUCGCCGAUUUUGUUGCAGACGCUGCGAGCUCAGGGGGUGAGGGUGACGAGUCGCAAGAAGUCGAGCGGCCGAAAGGGAGGCCAAAGAAAUGGUUUGAAGACGAUUCAGACGAGGACGAGGCGGCACAGAAGAAACGAAAGAAGAACAAGAGAAGUGCUAGAGACGCGGGAGAUCUGGAGACUUUUGAGGAUCUUGAAGCGAUGGCAGCAGGACUUCUGGCUUCUGGCUAGUGUGAAUUUCCAACAUCUAAGCUUAUGUAAAUAUAUGGUAGAUUCCUUGUUCAGAUGCGAACCGAAGAUUCGUGCAGAUAGUAUUGUGGAAGUGCGACUGCUGCAAUGCUAUUGG